CUGAGCACUUCUUGUUAAUGCAUUCAAUGCAUGAUGAAUGUGUCGGUGUGCCUCGGGAUGCACAUGUCCACCGAACGUGCACCGACACGACACACACAGCAUGCAUGAUGGAUGCAACCAACACACCUCUCUCCUAGCUUAGCUUAGCUUAGUGUACCAUUAUUUACACCACACCCUCCAGCCAGACAGGCAGACCCGCACCCACCCGCCCUCACUCACCCACCCCACAGAUAUAAAGCCAGCCCCCUCAAUUGAUGCACAAACAAACAGACGUCAUGUCAUUCAAACGCAUCACCAAUUGCAGAGAGUACGCACGCAUGAACGAACGAACGAGUCAUGGCCAGUCGGUAUGGAGCAGCCACCCGUCCAUUCAUCCAUACAUGCGCAGCGCCACUUACGACACGUGCAUCUACAAAAAAGGCAUGUAAAACGACGGAGACCUGUCUAUGCCCUCCCUCCCUCCCUCCCUCCCCGCCCGGCGAUACUCAGCAGCCACUGACCGUCGCGGCAACCUUGAGGUUCACCUCGGCGACGACUUGGUUGCACUUGGGACACAGUCGACGGUCCGACGCGCCAGACCAGCCUGCCCUCAGCUCCUGCACCACACACACGACAAGACAGGCAAGGUGGACGGUGGAUGGAUGGAUGGAUGGAGGGCAUGGCAUACGCACACGUGCAGUGCAGUGCAUGCUCUCGUGCACUUGCCUUGAAGCAUGGAGUGAAGCAGCAGGUGUGUUUGCAAGGCAUCAAGGUCACCGUUGGGUGUGCGUGCAGGCAGAUGCAGCACACAGUCGACCCACUAACAUCACCAUCCCCGCCACCGGCACCAAUCCCACCGCCGCCCCCACUGCCCUGUGUCUGCCCCACAGGUUGCUUCUUGUCCUCCUGCUGCUUGUUGGCCGUGUCAAAUAACUGCCAGGCGGUCUCCAGCUCCCGCAAGAUGUCGCCGCCGACCUCGACGCCAUCAUGUGAUGAGGCCCGGUGCGUCUUGUUCCGAGGCGACCCAGCCUUGGACGCAUCAUUGGCAGUGGGUGGGGGAGGCGGCGGGUGAUUGGGCUUCGGGGGAAGGGUGAUGUCGGGCUGCUCCUCCUCCUUCGGCAAAAUAGUACCCUGUGUGGCAGGGAUGAUAGGUGUGGGGCUGAUGGGCCCGGGGGAAGCCGAUGGCGCCGCUGCCUGUCGCUGCUCCUGUCCCUGGUCCUGCGCAGGCGCCUCAUGGUUCGUGGCCGUCCCAACGUGCCCCCGAAAUGUGGCGAUGUCCUGGCGUCCACCUCCCCCUCCACCACCAGCACCAGCAGCCUUUUUCUUCCGUCGCGAUGUCAUGGCCACCCACUCCCCUCCCUCACCAUCGGCAUCCUCCACAUCCACCGACGCCUGGACCUCUUCAAUGCGGGCGGGCGGUGAGAGCUCCCGCUCCUCCUUGUCCGGCGCAUCCUGCUCCUCGGGUGGCAUCUGGGCGGCGUCCUCUUCAUCGUGCUCAGGCACAGAUGUGGGCGGGGUGGGGGGCGGGGGCGCGAGGGGAAGAACGGGUGUGCCUCUAGUCCCCUUGGACGACUUCUUCUUGCCAGCCGCCUUCUUGUCUGUCUUCUUGGGCUUCUCUCUCUUAUUGACUGGCUGCUGCUUGGGAGGGGGAAGGGUGGGCUGCGGCUCAUCCUUUGCCCUGGCCGCAUUGGCGUCUGCACUGCUGCUAUCAGGAUUCCCACAGUGACCCACUGCAUUGAGCUCUGCCAGCAAUUCCGCUCCUUGCAGAGGCCUCGACGCGUCGCGAAUAGACAUGCUCCCCACGCUAUUACUCGAUGAAGACGCGAUGGCGGGCGCCCGUCGGCUCUUGCGAGCAGCACCAGAAGAAGAGGACUCAAGUUCCACAUUGCCGCAAGACGCCAUGGCCGAGGCCGCGAAGGCAUGAGCCCUGUCCUUGUGUGGCACCAUCGCUCUGUAGAUGCGCAGGAACGACUGCCUGAGCCCUGCCAUGUGACCUCUCUUUGGGCACAGCACCGCACACCGACUUGAAUCUGACGCCGGCAGGUAGAAGCGAAGGCAGAAAGCCCCCAAGCCCAGGCAAACACAAGUGACGGAAGGCCCCAGAAGCUGGAGGCCGUCCUCGACAUGACUCCCCUGGAUGCCGACCGUACUGAGAACAAGGUCCACAGCAGCGGCGAGCAACAGGAGGAUGGGAUCCACAAGGCUGAAAACAAAGUUGGCGCAUUGGAUGACCAGCAAGAGCGGUGACAGGGCCAGCCACGCCAUGCUGCUGAGGAAGGUGAAGACGUGCGUGGCGCAGAAGACCCACAGUAGCGACGGAACCGCCCAAACAAGUGAUAGGACAAAAGCCACUGCAGUGCGGCACUCAUAAUAGCCGAGGACGUGCUGACUGUUGCUCAACACAAAAAGGAAGGCCCAAAAGCGCAUCUUGACCAGCCAGCCCGUGUGCCACGAGAAAAGCAGUGCAGGGUGCCUGCUCAAGUACACCGUCGCAACGUCGCUGAUGAGCCGAUAUGCUGCAUGGAUCAACUGCAGUCAGGCAGGCGACACACAACACAAGCCACAUAUCACAUGGAAAGCAGAGUGAGUGGAGUGGAUGGAUCCACAGCAAGGUGUGUGAACCGUCUUUUAUCGUCCCUUUCCCCAGCCAGCCUCCCUCUUGUCCUUGCUGUCCUUCCCCCUCACCCACCAGUCUGUGGCGGUUGACCCAUCCGUGCACCCAGGAGAGGACGGCUGCCAUCGCUUGGUCGAUGCUGCACAUCAUCGUGUCGUCGCCUUGUUGCCGCUUGUCCAGCAGGAUCUCCUCGAUGUGAUCCUCCUUCUCGCUGUACUUGCGGCGACAAGACGUGCAGCAGCACAACUCGCUUGACAAAUCGCUCCAUGGAAAGGCGGGAUAGUUCCUGCACAUUCAGCAGCCAGCCGGAUCCAUAUCAGUGGCGCGCGGCGUGCGAUACGCUGGUCUGUAUGAAGGAGCUUACCCGAAAAACCACACCUGUCUGAGCCACGCACAAAACACCACCUCGCAUAGGAAGCUAACACAGACACAGACACAGAGAGCAGGCGUGUGUGAGGAGCACUGCUGUGCACUGUGGUGUGGUCUUCUCACGUGAUGGUUUGUAGGAUAAAGGCAGUCCAGCCGUCUGACAUGCCAUUGUCCUCCGGUUCGUGGCCACAGGGGACCAGGUGGCACACGAUGAUGUCCACAACAAAUCGGACACUACACAUGGACACGACUACAGUACUUCCCUGAACAAAGACAGACACACAGAUUUCGUCCGCCGCCUUUCCGCCUUCUGCUGGGCUGAACCUCGCUGCACUUGACAUCGCGGAGCUCACCGGUGAUGAUCUGAUGAGAGGCUGUCAAAACCGCGGUACAGCGGAGGCGUCGCUCUGCGCGCUCAGUGGUGGCGUGAAACGGAUCAUGUGACACUGCGGUUUGGCGCAGCACACGGCUCCCGCGCGAGUCAGGCACACUCUAAAUGGCAGUCCAUGGUUUUUCUAGACAAACCCAUUCGACUUUGCAAUACAAGGGAUGCAUUCGACUUUGCAAUGACACGUCGAAAACACGUCAACGAAAAUUCUACACGCGCUUUCUCUCACUCAGAGCUCUCGCAAUCAGCCUGGCUUUCCGUCGUGUUGCAGGGAAAUAGCCUCGAUAGCUAGUCUCAUAGCCGAGUCGAAAUACCCCCUUGGCCUCUGUCAUGUCGGAUGUGACGAGAGACUCCAGGCCAGCAGUGAACCCCGUGCAGAAAACCACCACCUCAAACGAAUACGUCGUCUCAUUGUCGAAGCACACUCCAUCAGAGGUGAAGCGCGACAACUCCCUGUGAGGCAGCACGCCAAUGUCGCGCCGGUAAAUGGCCCGCAUUAUUCCUCGAUCCAAUACGGGAAUGCGGCCUGCACAUGAAUGAAUGACACACACGAACAACCACACUGCGUGAAGUGGCACAUCAACGUAGGCACGUGAAGGUGCAUUGAUGUGCUAUCGCCUUGCCUGACAGCAUUGCCGUGUAUGGCCCUUCUGGCGCCUUGGCUAGUCCAUAUCGACUCAUCCUGCCGAAGAACAGGAAUGUGAUCAUGUUGCCAAGUGCAUCGGAUACGCAAGCUGCAUAGAGAAAGCAGAUCACCAAUCAGUUGUGUGCACAGCGCAUACCUACGUGAUUCCUGUCCGCGUACUUGGAACGAAAUCAGCAAUCACCGACAGCAGGCUUGCGGGGAGACCAAAUGGCUUGCGGGGCACAACAACAACAGGAGACCGCACAAACAUCGACACGUCGGCCCCAUUCUUGCAGCACUCGAGUGCAACGUCCAUGGCAGAGUUGCCUGAGGACACACACACAUACACACGCACACACAUGCCUCAAGCUUCGGCCAGAUGAUUGGACGGUGUCUUGCGCCAUCCAGCUGACCAAAGCCAAUAACUAAAACCUUCCUGAACACAGCAGCACGAAAAGAACCACUCACUCAUUUGACACACACGACUCAUCUUCUCUUGCCGCUCUCCCACUCACCUGUGCGCGAAGCUCCGUCCAGUUGUGAAGUCGCUGCUGUGCAGGAUGCUUCCAGUGAACGCUUCUUGGCCAGGGAACGUCGGUGUGUUCGGCACUCUGUCUGGUCCCGCUGCUAGAACGACGUGCCUCACGUGAUAGGUGGUCGACGAUGUGUGGACGCACCAGACAGAUAAGGGCGAUGGCGUGAUCGACAAGACAGUCUCAUUGAAGCGCAUCUGGGGCCUGAGUCCCAUGAUCUCGGCGUAUGACUCAUAGUAAUUCACAACCGCAUCGCGUGAUGGAAACACUUCUUCGCAGCAUGGGAAGCCCAGGAAGGGCAACGAAGAGGUCCACUUGUCUGUGUUCAGGCGCAGGCACUCGUAUCUCUCCUUCCAGCUGCUCCCGAUCCGGUCAGAGCGUUCAAUAAGGACGAACGAAAGGCCUCUCUUGGACAGAUGGGCUGCUAUCGCCAGUCCACUAAAGCCUGCCCCAACAAUCACCGUGUCAUAUGCGGCAUGGGCGGCGUCCAUUCGAGCGCAGAUCCG